GAAGAGCAGCAGAAGCCAGUGCUGCAGCGAGAGCGGAGGAGCCUGAGCGUCACCCAGAGACAGGAGACUGUCGCUGUCCCCACCCGGGGGCACCCAGGGGGUCCUGCAGCCCUGUGUCCCCCCCCUGGGGACAGCCUCCAGCACAGCCACCAAGCCCUCUGCAGCCAGCCCUGGGUGAAGAGAGGGGAAGGAGUUGGUGGUCCCGAGGACACAGGGGACACAGAGCCAAUCCUGCCAUGGUCCCAGGGGGCUAGGACACCCCCCCAAAAUCCCUGGGGAAGGGGUGAAGGAUGGCCACCGAAGGAGGGGGAGCCAAGCCCGUCGCCCAGUCUGGGAUGGAGAACUUCCGAAAGGUGAGGACCUCGGAGGAGGAGAGCCCUUUGCCCUUCCCCGACCUGCCCCCGGACGUGGUGGAGAUGAAAGUGAAGGAGGGCAGCAAGAUCAGGAACCUGAUGAACUUCGCCAUGGCCCAGAUGGAGCUGAAGGGCCGGCGGCAGAUCGUCUUCAGCGGCUGCGGCAGGGCGGUCACCAAGACCAUCACCUGCGUGGAGAUCAUGAAGCGCAAGCUGGGAGGGCUUCACCAGGUCACCAAGGUACGCUACAAAACCCUGCUGGAGGUCUGGGAGAACCAAGACCCGCUGCCCGGUGGCCCGGCGCAGAACCUGACCGUCCAUAAGAACGUCCCCUCCAUCUGCAUCCUCCUCUCCCGAGACCCCCUGGACCCCAACCAAACGGGCUAUCAGCCCCCCGAGCCCCAGCACGGGCCACAGCUUGGUGAUGCAGGAGAAGACACGUCCAGCUCUUCCACCAAGGGGCUGAAGCGGUCCUUGCCACCUCCCGGCGAGGAGCUGCUGACCAAGAAGUUGCAGGUACAGGUAGCCGAGAGCCCAAGGGACUCGGGGACCUCUGACCACCAGCCAGAUGGCCACCACUGAUCCCCCCCCACCUCCUAAACUGGGAGGAGAUUGUACGCUGGAGAGAUUUGGGGGGGGUUUAAGUCAUUUUGCUGUGGAUAAUGCAGUGCUGGGCUUGCUGUGGGGUCACCAAUGUGCUGCAGGCUCCCCCCGGCACAGGGGACCCCCAUGGAUGGGGGUCCUUGUCCCCAGAUUAAAGGGUUAAACCAGCCAGCAUUGGGUUAUGGACUGAAUUUCGGGGGGGAAGAUGCAUUGGGGGGAGCCGUUCACCCCACAUUCGGCCACUCAGGGGUGAUUCCACCAUCAGCCCCACAUCUGCAGUGACCCCCAUGGACCAAGGGGAAGGUAGGUCCCCAGCGCCAAGUCUCAGCCACCAGGAGGGACGCUUUUGCCCCCACUUAACACCUUCAUUAAUCAAACCCGCUGACAAUUGCCGCUGUGAUUCUCCCAGAAUCGAACGCACAAACGAGGGGACGGGUCGCUCCCUCUAAUUUGUAUUAGAAAAAGACAAAAAUACGAGAGCCUUCCUCUUUCCACAGCAGAUAUUCCGGGUUGGGCUCCCCCCCAGAGCGGUGGGAAGGGUCUGGAGC